UGCACCGAUGUACCAUUUCAGUUCUCUCAUUCCAAGUUUAAAAUCCCCUGGAGCAAGAUAUUUUGUAAAUGGAACAUGAAGUGCACACACACAGAUGACUCUGUGUUUAGCUCAUGAACGCGCUCUAAAUGUAGAGGGAUAUUUGGGGUUGUUACAACAAACAUCUAUGGUUAGUUUGUUAUUUUCAGAAGAAAAUGGCAACUCGGAAACACAGAGGGAUCCCCCUGAGCUCGCUCAAUCCUAAAUUUCUUCAUACAAACUCAACCAGCCAUACCUGGCCCUUUAGCGCUAUUGCUGAGCUGAUCGAUAAUGCUUAUGACCCAGAUGUUCGUGCAAAGCAGUUCUGGAUAGAUUGGACACGCAUCAAAAACCUGGACUGCCUCUUAUUCAUGGAUAAUGGAGCAGGAAUGACCAGAGCCAAACUACAUAAGAUGCUAAGCUUUGGUUACAGUGACAAGAAAGCCGUGAGAGACCACGUUCCAGUCGGUGUCUAUGGCAAUGGUUUCAAAUCAGGUUCCAUGCGUCUGGGGAAGGACGCUAUUGUCUUUACUAAGACCAAAGACUCAAUGAGUGUGGGCAUGUUGUCACAGUCUUACCUGCAGGCUAUAAAAGCUCAGCAGAUCAUGGUGCCAAUUCUCACUUUUAGGAGGGAUGGACAAAACCUACCAGAGGAUGCAGCAUGUCUAGAUGCAAUCCUGAGACACUCUUUGUUUAAUACCGAGAAGGAGCUGUUCACUGAGCUGCGUGCCAUCAGCACUGCUGGACCAACCGGCACACGCAUCAUCAUCUGGAAUCUGCGCAUGAUUACAAACGGGGAGACAGAAUUCCAUUUUGAUGCAGAUAAAUAUGAUAUUCAGCUCCGAGCCAAUUCUAGUGAGAAAACUCGAGCCACCACACCAGAGAGUGACCAUUCACUAAGAGCGUACUGUAGCAUUCUGUAUCUGAAGCCGCGUAUGCAAAUCAACAUUCGAGGACAACGAGUGAAAACCCAGCUCAUCUCCAAAAGUCUCGCUUAUAUUGCCAAAGACAACUACAGACCUUCAUUCCUAACCAAACGUAUUCCAAUCACAUUUGGGUUCAACACCAAAAGCAAGGAGCAUUAUGGUAUCAUGAUGUACCACAAAAACCGACUCAUCAAGGCUUAUGAAAGAGUGAGCUGUCAACGAAAGCUAGAGAGAAAAGGUGUUGGGGUCAUCGGUGUGAUUGAAUGUAAUUUCCUUCAGCCGACACACAACAAACAAGACUUUGAUGACACAGAUAAAUACAGGAAAACCAUGCACAACCUCAGCAUCAAACUAGAAGAAUACUGGAAUGAGAUCCGCUACAAGCGGAAGAAAGAGGACCCAAAAUGCACACUUCCAAUUGAAGAUACAAUGAAAGUGCCUGAUCAAAUCUGGGUGCAGUGCGACAGCUGUCUGAAGUGGAGAAGGCUUCCAGAUGGCUUUGAAUGUAGCCGGCUGCCUGAGAAAUGGUUCUGCAAUAUGAACCAUGACCCACAAUUCAGGAGCUGUCUGGUGGAGGAGGAACUGGAGGAUCAAGAAGAGGAGCAGAAGUCCUACCCCAAACCCUUCAAACGCCAGAAGAGGAACAGUAAGAGUCUACAGGAUGACCAGGGGCCAGAGGUAUUAGAUAUUCCAGUCCUCGAAGCUCCUGUUAAUGCCAGACCUCAGAAGAAUACUGCAACCUGGAAAUCAUCUCCUGCUGAUCUGUUCAGUAAAAGUGCGAGUGGUAUCAGUGUUGUGUCAUCCGUUUCCAAUGCUCAGAUUUCACCACUGCCUCUAAUCAAUCUCACUGCUCUCUCUGAUUCAUUGAGAAGGAUUAAAAGGAAAAUCUGUACUGCUGAAGAAACUCUUCCAGCAGUGCAUCCUUUGCCUCAUGCCUCUUUUUCUGCUAAUGCAUCGCCACAAGAUGGUGGCGCCUUCAUUCAUACACAUUCCAGUCUCGCACCAAACAAAGAAGAGAGCAACUGGUAUGGAAUGAAAAACGAAAAGAGUACAGAUAAACAAAUAGACCACAUCGAGAGCAGUAAGAUGGAGAUAAUCAACCAGAGUCAGGAGCCUGUUCAGGAGGAUGAGUGGUGCGCUAGAGAGGAUUCACCCACUAUAGAAACCCAGUACUCUUUAGCAGCAUCACACUGUACGGAGGAAGUGGGAGAGGAAUCGCAUGAUGAUGGCGAGGAGGUGUGGAGUUUACAGCAGCAGCAGGAUGAGUUAAUAGAAAUGAUGAAGCAGACAGCAGAGGAGAGGGACACAUACAGGGAGGAGUUGGAGCUGCUGCGGGAUCACAGCACCGCCCUGGAGGAUGAGAGGAGUCAGCUCCUCAGCAAGCUGGAAAGGAUGGAGGAAGAGAGAGCCAGUUUAUCCUCCCUGUGCGACCAACUAAAGAGCAAAGUGGAAAGGCUGAAAAUAGAGAAGGAUGAAGGGUCGAGAGCAGAUGCCCGAGUCAGACAAGAGAAGCAAAAGCUGAGAAAGUUGCGUCUCAGUUUGGGACACCUGCUCAUUUCCUUCGUUCCCGAUCUCGACUUGCAGCAAGUGGAUUACAACAGUGAUGUCAUUGAUGAACUAUUAGACCAGGUCUUAAAGGAAGUCACUUAAGGUCAUGUCAGGGUUGUAUUACUAAGGUUUAUAUCUUCACAGUCAGAUAUCCAUAAUAUACCCAAAAUCAUCUUAUGGUUUCACUGCUGGCUUAGACAAGGUGAGAUCAUAGCUAUAUAAAAUAUAUUUAUGUUUGGGGCCCAGAUUAGUCUUAGCAGACAUUUGCAGUGGUAAUAGGAUAUUAAAGUUAGUUCAAUUGUCUGAUGCAACAACAUACAGUACAUCUAAUUCACCUGGUAAAUAAUUAGUCACGCAUAAUAAUUAAAAGUAGGAUGACAUUAGUAUCAAAAUAUUUGUACAAUUUUAAUGAAGGAUACUUUUUGUUGAGUGAUAUAAUGAAUUUUGGAUUUGAAUGAAUUUUCUUGAGAAACCUCUUUUUACUGUUUUCAUCAUAGAACAAAACCAAUGAAUAAAGAAAUUCUAAUCAAACA